CCUCAUAUAAGGUGAGUGAGUGAGUGUCCGGGUGGACAGAGUAGUUCCUGCUGCAGGGGCCACCAUGUGGAUUCUCGAGAGCACUGCCUCCGCGGGGAGGUUGCUGAGUGCGUUCAGGUGGUCUCUGGACUCCCUGUACAGCAACUUGGCCUCACUCCUGUGCUGGCUGAGGGCCACCCUUUCGUUCCCAGCUGCCUGGAAGGCACAGAAGCAACAGGUUAGAGAAGGACCUGGGGAGACCCCAGGGCAAGAAGAGGAGGAGGACAGCGAUGUGCCCACCACACCCAUGAGCGUCAACUACCACUUCACCCGCCAGUGCAACUACCGGUGCGGCUUCUGCUUCCACACAGCCAAGACGUCCUUUGUGCUGCCCCUCGAGGAGGCCAAGAGAGGGCUGCUUCUACUCAAGGAAGCAGGGAUGGAGAAGAUAAACUUCUCGGGCGGGGAGCCCUUCAUCCACGACCGCGGCAGGUACCUGGGUGAGCUGGUGCGGUUCUGCAAGGCGGAGCUGCGGCUGCAGAGUGUCAGCAUCGUGAGCAACGGGAGCCUGAUUCGGGAGCGCUGGUUCAAGGACUACGGCGAGUACUUGGACAUCCUCGCCAUCUCCUGCGACAGCUUUGACGAGCAGGUCAACGUCCUGAUCGGCCGUGGUCAGGGCAGGAAGAACCACGUGGACAAUCUGCAGAAGCUGAGGGCGUGGUGCAGGGAUUACAGAGUGGCUUUCAAGAUCAAUUCUGUCAUCAAUCGGUUCAACGUGCAGGAGGACAUGAACGAGCAGAUCAAAGCACUCAACCCCGUCCGCUGGAAAGUCUUCCAGUGUCUCCUGAUUGAGGGUGAGAAUUCCGGAGCAGAUGCUUUAAGAGAAGCCGCGAGAUUCGUGAUUAGCGAUGAAGAAUUUGAAGGAUUCUUAGAGCGUCACAAGGGCGUGUCCUGUUUGGUGCCGGAAUCUAACCAGAAGAUGAAAGACUCCUACCUUAUUCUGGAUGAAUACAUGCGUUUCCUGAACUGUAGGAACGGGCGCAAGGACCCUUCCAAGUCCAUCCUGGACGUUGGCGUGCGGGAAGCUAUAAAAUUCAGUGGCUUUGACGAGAAGAUGUUCCUGAAGCGAGGCGGCAAAUACGUGUGGAGCAAGGCCGACCUGAAGCUGGACUGGUAGGGCGGCCAGCGGCACAGGACCUCACUCUCUCCGCAGCUGCCGGUCUCGGCGAGGUCCGCGCAUCAGUCACGGGCGCUCCGUGAGCCAAGCUCCACGGGCGACAAAGGCGUGGGGCUGGCUUCUCAGCGUCCUGCUGCAAAGCACCUGCGCUUCUCAGUUUGGUUCAUUAAAGGGGGAGGGGGACAAGACACAGCAACCAAAAAAAAAAAAAAAGUUUGCAAGAAACAUGCUUUGGGCUUGCACGUUGAGCGUGAGCGCAUCUUCGUCUCCUGCGAGGGCGUCCGUGCCUUUCUCCUCACGACCGAGAUGGCAGCUUCCAAACCCGGGAAUCUACCCCAGGGCCCUCUCCUUACUUCUGCUGCUUGCAAGUCUCCUGCCUUCCCACCGCGGCCGUCACCCGGGUGUAGACUACAGUUGGGAGCUUUUGGCGGGGUCUUUUCAGGUCCGGAGCGCGCGCCCGCCCGCAGGACGGAGGCGCCCGCCCGCGCGCUGAGCUGCGGCGCCCUGCUGGCCCGGACGCUCGUCCAGGCCACGCACGUCCGUCCCGCAGGAACCCGGGCUUCUCUGAGCCGCUGGCCGUCCCCACAGCCCCGACGGCGUCGCGGUCCCAAGAGGAGAACCGGCUCCCGCCUGCUCCCGUGCAGACAAUAGAGCUUGAGAAGAAACGCCGCUGAAGUUUCGCAGGCUCUGUGUUCACGUGAAAGUACCUUGUUGCCUGGAGAAUAGCAAGUGUUUGUCAUUGUUUGGGGAAAAAAAACCAAGGUCAAGGAAUUUUGUUGUUGCGGGUCCCAACUAAGACGAACUUUUUCCUCCUUGCAAUGUGGGUGCCUGCCACUAGGGGGCGCGUUCUCCUCGCCUGAUUUCCUUAAGCGGUGAAAAUGCCCCCUUUCAGUCUAUUUGCAAGACUUGGUGAUUUUGAAAGGUUUUGAGUUUUGCGAUUUUUUUUUUCUAGGAAUAGAUAAGCAUACUUCAACUUUUUAAGACGCCCGAAUUCAACUGAGAUAUGUUUGUGGCACAACCAAAAUAGGGCAUGUUGCGUUUUACCUACUUCCUCUUUUCUCUGGGUUUCGACAGUGCCACCUGCUCUAUUCGCUGCACAUCAACAAGAGGGCGAGUGCCACAGAGAAAGACCAGGUGUGCAAGAGGGCAGAGUCCUGGCCUGAUGUGCACCCAGUGCCCCAGCAAGGCUCUGGGAACACAUGGAAAUCGGAAGCCCACGGGCGUUUGUCUCUAGUCCAGGGCACUGUAUUUCUCUUUUCCCAAAAUGAAACAUAAAAAAAAAAUUCACUAAAAGGGAUUAGCUAUUUUAAAUAUAUUUAGAGCUAUUUUAACAACUGCUAACCUCUAAUUUCUUAUGUAAUGUUAGGAUUUGCAAAGCCUUACUGUUUAACUUAUUCUAAUGCCCCUUUUUCUCACACAGGGGCUUUCAGCUUUGCAAUAGAAUUCAAGUUCAAAGUACAUAAUGUUUUGCUUUCUUUUUUUCAAUGUUGAAUAUGGAGUUCCUUUGUGAAAUAUAUUCCUUUUUAUUGGUAAAACAAAGAAUGAGUAAACUAAAGUAAUUUAAGAGUUACAGGAAAAUAUUUUGUGGUGCUUGUAAUCAAUGUGAGUUUAUACUAUAAUAAAGAGCGUGGAAUUUUGUGUGGGGAUCCUGGAAAGCUCAGACGUGAGUGAUGACAUGCUAGUUUGAAGAGUGCAAAUCAUGUCUGUAGUCUGGUGAUCAGUGAUGACAUUUGCCUGUUUUCUUUCAAGUGUAGACAGAAGUGAUGUCAUUUGUCUGAAUGGGUUAGCUCUGUCUGGAGCUUGGAGUCGAGAUUUUGGGUAGAUGGACACCAAAACAACCCACCAAAGCAGCCAUAAAGCUGUCUCUGGCUUUAAUUCCACCCUCUUGUUGCAAGGACCUUGUUUAAUCAGCUGUGACUGGACCAGACCAAUCAUUGCUGCUGGAUUUUAAGGCUGUGUCUACAGUGUGCUUUACUUUGUAGGGAAAUACACACUUUUUUUUUGCCUAUGUGGUGCUCUUUAGUAUUGGCCUAAUGUAUUAUAAGAAGUUCUAAAAUAUUAAAAUAUUUUUGUACACCA